ACGGCGCCAAUGAUCUACGUCAGCACGUCAAGCGCGUCAAAGCCACGAAUAUGAGCUACGUGCCUACAGCGACACGAAGCUAGUAAGGGCAAAGUCAUCCGCGCACGACCUGUGUGGACGGCACGAAAAACGAAAGAACAACCGUAUGCAGACAACGCCAUACAAUCACAACAAGGGAACUGGGAAUGACCAUUCAUAGAUAACAGUACUUUUAUUGCUUUACAUAUGUACUGUAUUGAUAGCACACGCUUUAGCUUUGACAAAAAAGUAAACCUCGUGAAAAUCGGUGGCGAAAUGAACACGGUUACGACUUAAUUUUAAUGUCCAUGCAUUGCCUUUGACGGGAACGUCGACCUCCCGAACAUGGCCGCCACGUAGACACGUCUGGGCAGCCGUGCUGCUAUAGCGCGCUGGUUAUUCUAGUCGUAAUAUCUAUGGUGCUAGCUAUGACGCAGACAAUUCUAGAAUUACAUUUAUUAAGAGUGUAUUUAAAAUGUUACACCGAGUCAUUUAUGUCUGUAUUUAAAUGCUAGCAACAAUAUCUGCAAGUCAUUUGGGGAAAAUUACCUCUGCUAACUCCCUCGCCUGUAGCGUUGCUAAUGAUUUGAAUGUUAACAGUACUGUAAAAUACCUGAACGUACUAAAUUGAAUUGCAAGCUAUCUAGCUAGUCCAAGAUGAAAUUCAGUUUAAAUGUAUUAAUACUCAGUUAGACAGCUGGUUUAUUUACUAUAUUGUAGAACUGUACCCCAUCAUACUGAAAGUUGAUAGUUACACAAAGACAAAAGUAUUAGAAACACCUAAUAGUAUGGUGUAUUAUAACUCAUUAAGUUCUUACGGAGAACCUAAAUGCAUUCUGCAUGAUUUGUAAGCGAUCUUAAGAUUUAAAUGUUUGAUCGAGUUUCAUUUUAAAGAAGGGUUGUCUAAAGUAAGCGUUUGGGGCCUCAAAAUGGGCCACAGCCCCAUUUGUAAUGGGGUCGUCCAUUAUCAGCGUAAAAUACGGUCACGCAAUUUCACAGCAAUGUUGCAGAAUGGAAUGGACUCAUUUUCCAAAUUCUACAUGCAACACCCCAUAAUGACAACAUAGGACAAGUUUUUUUUUUUUCCAGAAUGUUUCCAAAUUUGGUCAAACUAAAUAAUGCUCUGCUGACAUCGCUGCCCUUUUGCCACACACAGUAAUAAUAAUAAAAUUCCCUUUUAGAGGUGUUCAGAGAAUUCCAUUGAAUUUGUGCUUGCUUUGUGCUCUGACAUGCACUGUGGGAUGUAAACAGGCGAGUUCAUAUCCCAAGUCAUGUUCAAUCAACAAUCGACUUUACCACUUGUGGACUUGAGCUGUAGACAAUGCAGUAGCUACAACUAAGUGUCAUUUAAUGCAUCUUUGACUUUGUCUUGUGUGUCCACUUGAAAUGAAAAACAUUUUGUGGUUCGCGCUGAAGUUUCCAGUGUGUCUUGAAUGUGUGACGGAUGUGACAAGUUGUCGUAAAAGGAAGCCAACACACACGCUUCACCGCUGCUGUCGACUCGAGCCGACGCAGGAAGGAGACCAGCUGGACCACCAAAGGCACUUGACCGCAAACUCUCAGAGUUUUGGCCAACCACUUCCUGGAGGCACAGGUAUGCUGGGAAAUUCCAGCGUGCAGUGUGCGGUAGCAACUGCUGCGUCGCUGGCCUCGCUGAGUCUGUUGGGCCUGCUGUGUCUAAGAUGCAAGAGAAAGUCCAAGACCAUACACGAAGAUGCUCAAAUAUACAACCCGCACACAUUCCAGCGUGAGGGGAGCAGAUUUGCUGUAAUGCAAUCCAAAAGAGUCACCAAAACCAAUCAAAUGAUCACAUCCUCAAAUGAGGACGUUUGUCCAAGAGCUGUUGCUGGAUCACCACCCAGAAGUUGGGAACAUAUUUAUGUAGAUCCACUCCCCGUCACAGUUUAUGAAAAUGAGCUGACGCCAUUAAAGAUGAAAGUUGCCGAUCCCGUCGUGACUUAUUACGCAAACGUGGUUGGCGCGGCGCUGAUAAACAACGACGCCGACGACUAUGAGAACUCCGAGUUCCUGGCACAAAACGCUCACCAGCUGGAGAAUGGUAAGCGCAUCAUCACUCCCUGCCCACAGACAGUUAUUGACUUUAAAGUGUCCUCUUUUCUUUGGACCAGAUCUGUUGUACGAGAAUGAAAAAGCAGCCUGACGUGGAUGUGAAAGAGGACACUUGCUCAUAUAACCAGGCUGCCACCUGGUGGUCAAACAGUGAUUCCCAAACACUGUCGCCAGAGAUAGGUGUGCCACGGGAAAUGAUCCAAUUUCACUUUACUACAAAUAAUGCGUCUUUGUUCAUCUAUCUAUGCCAGCGACAUAUGGUGACACGCAGUGGCGGCUGGUCAAUAGAUGCACAGUAGCGCCUCUUCAAUGCAAUAGAUUGGGCCAAGGUGGGGUGUCAUGGAGGAAUGCACACUCCCACCACGGAGCGAAUAAAACUUGCGUCUCAAGGCGCCACUGUAUAUUUUUCGGACAUUUUUGUUCAACGGUCUGCCCAAUGUAAAGUAUGUGCCUUUGCUCAAUAAAUGUGAAAUACCGGUCAAACAAAGAAAAAUGACUUUCAGUUUCAG